UUUCUUUUACCUUGUUUGGUUCAGUGUUUUACUUCUAUUCAAACCAAGAAUACAAAGCAUAAUUCUGUUACAAAACCUACAUGUUACAAAUAUCUUCUCAAACAGUUUCUUAACUAAGAACUGAUAAUGGCUCCUAACAUAGCUGCAAUCCUAACCCAAAACAGCUACAAAAUCAUCAUUGUUUUAUCAUCUAUAUUUCUUGAGUGGAUCCUAAUACUUCUCCUUCUAUCUAACUCUUUCUUUUCUUACAUAAUUACCAAAUUUGCAGCUUACUUUAACCUUAAACAACCCUGCAUUUUAUGCUCUAGACUCGAUCAUUUGAUCGAGCCUUCAAAAACCGCGGAUUUCUACAAAUCUUUAGUUUGUGAUAUUCAUGCUACUCAAAUAUCAAACUUGGGUUACUGCCCAAAUCAUCACACAUUUGCUGAAUUACAGCAAAUGUGUGGGGAAUGUUUUCCCAAGACACCCAAAAAUGUGCCAUUUUGUGCAUUUGACAGUAAUGAAAAGUUUCGAAAAUGCUUGUGUUGCGAGAAAAUAUUGGGCGAUAAACUUGAUACAUCGCGCUGUUUUACUGUCAGAGACGGGCUAGUGAUCAGUGAUCAUGGUAAUCACAGUGGUUCAGAAUGUGAACAUCAGAUCAUUUCUGAUGUUGGAAGUUUUUACCUUAGAGAAACAGCAGAAGAGGACAGUAGUCAAGGUGAUCAAGUUGAAGAUCAUGCAGUUGGAAAGCAGAUGGAACAUUCUAGAAGUGAAGACAAGACACUAUCCAGUGCAGAGUCCCACUCUAAAGUGGUAGAGUUUCAGCACACAAGUCAUCUAAGCAAGAUGUUAGGAGGAGAUCGUGAUGUUUUCUUUACACUAAGACAACUCAAAUUAGAUCUCGAAGCAGAACAAAAAGCUCGAAAUGAGCUGUACGCAGAACUAGAAGCAGAAAGAAAUGCUGCUGCAAUUGCUGCAAAUCAGACAAUGGCAAUGAUAACAAGGCUUCAAGAGGAGAAAGCCGCAACACAGAUGGAAGCACUACAUUAUCAAAGGGUAAUGGAUGAGCAAUCUGAGUAUGACCAAGAAGCAUUGAACGUCUUAAAUGAGUCAGUAUCCAAGCUCGAGAAAGAAAAAGAAGAGCUCGAGAAGGAACUAGGAAGGUAUCGUGAGCGGGUUUUGGAUUACGAGGCAAAAGAAAAGGCGAUGAUGUUGAUUCAAAAAUGUAACGAGAAUUUUUGUUCUUCGUGCAGCAUUGAUAAUGACAGUGAUGUGCUAUCUAUUGAUCUAAACAAGGAUACAUCUCUUAUGGAAUGUUCUAAGCAAUGGGGUGCCAUUGAAGAUUCAUUGGAGGAGCUCGAGGAAGAGAGAAUGUCGAUAAUAAAAGAGCUGAAGGAGUUGGAAGAGAAGCUUCAGAAAAGUGCAAAACAGGAUGAUCAGAACUUGUUGGAGGAAUCAGAACCAAAUGCAGAUUUGUGCAGCCAAGAAGUGAAUUUAGUCUCUUGUUUUCCUACUUGUUUACCGAAUGAAAAUCACCCGAAAACAAUGGCUUCUGUUGCUAGGAAGUUGCUCGAUCUUGUUGAAUCAGAUGAUGAUAUAGAGAGGGAAGACAUGGGGUUGACUAAUGAAGUUGGGUUUGAUAGAGAAACCGAAAACAAAAGGGUUGCAAUGGAAAAGGAGAUGAAUCAUGUAUAUGGAAGGCUACAAGCGUUAGAGGCAGAUACCGAGUUCUUAAGGCAUUGUAUCGCGUCUGUGAAUAAAGGGAAUGAAGGAUUAAGUGUACUUCAAGAGAUCUUGCAACAUCUCCGCGAGUUAAGAGAUGCAGAGAUUUGUUUGUGAUGGAAUGUAGUUAGUGUUGUUGCACUGAGUGCGCGCAUUUCUCCUUGUCGUCUCCUUGGAGGGGGCACGGUAUGAUCUGUCUGCUACCCUUCUCCCUGAACCCUGACUUUGUGCGGGAUACUGGGUUGUUGACUCUUGAUUCUUGUUGGUGCCCAAGUCUUUCACUCAUUUGUUAUGUUUUUGGUUCUUUAUGAUCUUUAAGAAUUAGACAAUCUUAUCUUCUACCUUUUGAAAGAGAUUUUGAAUUUAUGAUAUGAUGAAAGGAACCCCAAGCAUAGAGCUAAGAGACCUGUUUCUAGUUGGUUUUCCCUCCAUUUUAGACAAACAAUGCAGAGUUUAAGCAAUAAUGCAACCAUGAACUCAACCAGAAUUCAAUGCUCUCCAUGAUGUAGGAACUAAAAUAGAUGCUUUUAGUGAAAUUUCAACUAAAAGUUACUUAACAUCAAUCACUUAAGAACACAUGUAUAAAUAUAUAUAUGAAUACAUAAAGUUAUAAUAACCUU